ACAGUGGUAUGGCGAAGAGCAUCGCUGAAUACACAACACAUCAAACUUAAGUGGAUAGGCUACAACAGCUACAAAGUCUAAAAAAUGAGUCUAAUAAAUACCUAAUAAAGUGCUCAGUGACUGUAUACAGAUUACUGGUUCCACAACAAGCCCAAAGAAGAUACAUUCUAAAUCAUAAAAUAUAACGCUAAGCAAUGGUGGUGAUGAAAAGGUGCGUCUCCAGUCCGUGUGCCAGCCCCCAUGUGGGACAAUGGGCAACGGUUCAGCUGUCCUUCGACCACAUGCUGCGGAACACCAAACUUUAACCUGUUGGAUUCAAAAGCAAGCCAAGGGGAGCUGGGAUGGAUUUCCUACCCGUCACAUGGGUGGGAAGAGAUAAGCGGAGUGGAUGAGCACUACACUCCCAUCCGCACCUUCCAGGUGUGCAACGUCAUGGAGUACAGCCAGAACAACUGGCUGCGGACCAACUGGAUCCCACGAAACUCAGCCCAGAAGAUCUACGUGGAGCUCAAGUUCACCCUGAGGGACUGCAACAGCAUCCCGUUGGUCCUGGGAACCUGCAAGGAGACCUUCAACCUCUACUACAUGGAGACGGAGGAGGACCAGGGGGCCAAGUUCCGGGAGCACCAGUUCGCCAAGAUCGACACCAUCGCCGCCGACGAGAGCUUCACGCAGAUGGACCUGGGCGACCGCAUCCUCAAGCUCAACACGGAGGUGCGGGAGGUGGGGCCCGUCACGCAGAAAGGCUUCUACCUGGCCUUCCAGGACUUGGGGGCCUGCGUCGCCCUGGUGUCGGUGAGGGUGUACUUUAAGAAGUGCCCGUUCACGGUGAGGAACUUGGCCAUGUUUCCCGACACGGUGCCUACAGACUCCCAGUCCCUAGUGGAGGUGCAGGGCUCCUGUGUCAACAACUCCAAGGAGGAGGACGCGCCCAAAAUGUACUGCAGCACUGAGGGGGAGUGGCUCGUGCCCAUCGGGAAAUGCCUCUGUGACAUCGGCUUCGAGGAACGAGGGGUCUCCUGCCAAGCCUGCAGGCCUGGCUUCUACAAGUCUUCCUCUGGGAACCUGAAAUGCUCAAAAUGUCCCCCGCACAGCUACGCACACCAGGAGGGUGCCAUUCACUGUGACUGCGAGAAGAACUACUUCCGCGCCGAGGGCGACCCUGCCUCCAUGGCCUGCACCCGGCCUCCGUCGAUCCCCCGGAACGUGAUCUCGGUCAUUAACGAGACGUCGGUCAUCCUGGAGUGGACCUGGCCAGCGGACGCGGGCGGCAGGAGGGACUUGACGUUCAACGUGGUGUGCAAGCGCUGCCUGCCAGGCCGCCAGUGUGAGCCCUGCCGGGGGGCGGUCCGCUUCCUGCCCCGCCCCGCCGGCCUUAGCAACACCACGGUGACCGUCACCGACCUGCUCGCCCACACCAACUACACCUUCGAGAUCGAGGCGCUGAACGGAGUCUCCGCCCUCGCGCCCGCCCACCGCCAGUUCGCCGCCGUCACCAUAACAACAAACCAAGCAGCUCCGUCCCCCGUCACCAUCAUCAGGAAAGACAGGACGUCUCGAAACAGCAUCUCCCUGUCCUGGCUGGAGCCUGAGAGGCCCAACGGCAUCAUCCUGGAUUAUGAAGUCAAGUACUACGAGAAGCAGGAACAAGAGACAAGCUACACCAUCCUGAGGUCAAAGGGCACCAACGUGACCCUGGGCGGCCUGAAGCCAGACACCACCUACCUGCUGCAGAUCCGCGCACGGACAGCAGCCGGGUACGGGACCAGCAGCCGCAAGUUUGAGUUUGAGACCAGCCCUGACUCCUUCUCCAUCUCCAGUGAGAACAGCCAGGUGGUGCUGAUCGCCAUCUCCUCUGCCGUGGCCAUCAUCCUCCUCACCGUGGUGGUGUACAUCAUAGUCAGCAGGUUGUGCGGGUACCGGAAAUCCAAGCACCCAGACGAAAAAAGGCUGCACCACUUUGGCAACGGUCACCUGAGGCUGCCAGGAAUCAGGACCUACGUGGACCCCCACACUUACGAGGACCCCAGUCAGGCUGUCCACGAAUUUGCCAAAGAAUUAGACGCCUCCUGCAUAGCUAUCGACAAGGUGGUCGGUGCAGGUGAGUUUGGGGAGGUUUGCAGCGGUCGCUUGAGGUUGCCGUCGAAGAAGGAGAUCUGUGUGGCCAUUAAGACUCUGAAGGCGGGGUACACAGAGAAGCAGAGACGGGACUUCCUGAGUGAGGCGAGCAUCAUGGGACAGUUCGACCACCCAAACAUCAUCAGGCUGGAGGGCGUGGUCACUCGCAGUAAGCCAGUCAUGAUUGUCACAGAGUACAUGGAGAAUGGAUCCCUGGACAGCUUCCUACGCAAGCACGAUGCCCAGUUUACGGGUAUCCAGCUGGUGGGCAUGCUACGCGGCAUCGCCUCGGGCAUGAAGUACCUCUCAGACAUGGGCUACGUGCACCGGGACCUGGCCGCCCGCAACAUCCUGGUCAACAGCAACCUGGUGUGCAAGGUCUCCGACUUCGGCCUGUCCCGCGUGCUGGAAGACGACCCCGAGGCGGCCUACACCACGCGGGGUGGUAAGAUACCCAUCAGGUGGACGGCACCUGAGGCCAUCGCCUAUCGCAAGUUCACCUCGGCCAGCGACGCCUGGAGCUACGGCAUCGUGCUGUGGGAGGUCAUGUCCUAUGGAGAGCGGCCUUACUGGGAGAUGUCCAAUCAGGAUGUGAUCAAGGCGGUGGAUGAGGGCUACCGGCUGCCGCCCCCCAUGGACUGCCCUGCUGCUCUGUACCAGCUGAUGCUGGACUGCUGGCAGAAGGACAGGAACAACCGGCCCAAAUUCCAGCAGAUUGUCAGCAUCCUGGACAAGCUGAUCCGCAACCCCGGCAGCCUGAAGAUCAUCGCCAACACUGCCUCCAGGCCGGCGAACAUGCUCCUGGACCGAAACAGCACGGAAAUAACGGCUCUGCGUGCCAUGGGCGACUGGCUGGAGAGCGUGCGGACGUUACCCUGCAAGGACGCCUUCACCGGCGUGAGCUACAACUCCUGUGACACCCUGCCCAAGACCUCUGCAGAGGACUUCAAAAAGGUUGGCGUGACGAUCGUAGGACCUCCGAAGAAGAUUGUGAGCAGCAUCAAAGCGCUUGAAACGCACGCGAAGAACGGCCCUGUUCCCGUGUGAACCCCGCGAGAGACCGUCGCCGCUUUUUUGCUAAAAACUGACGGGAACUCUCCAUAUGUAACGAAUAAAGACGACGUAUUAAAAUAAAUGUUACGGUAUUUUUUCACGGCAAAAGGCGGCUUCCCUGAAGGGUGGCAGUGUGACCCCGUGCCCCUCCACUCCCCUCCGCUGGCCAGGCUUCCCAUCGGAGACGAGCUGCCUUAUACCCCAGAGCCACGGAAAAGGGCCAGACAUU